AUGGCUCAAACCAUUCGAGCACUAGAGCAACUGGUUGAAGAAGCUGUGAAACUCGCCGAAAAUGCCGGGUCUGUUCAAGACGACAGUCUCGUACCCGAACACAACGGAAAUCUGCCCAGACCACCGAAUCGGCCGCCGCUAGGUCUCGCAAAGAAGAUCAGCAAAUAUCUGGAAGAAGUCUCCUCAAGAACAUGCAACAUCGUAUCCUCGCCAAAAGGCGGGCAUUCCCUAAAGUCGCGAACAUCUGUUGCGGAAAUGCGUGCAAGCAGUUACGAGAGAAAAAUGGGAGAUUCUGCUCCUCGCAGCCGGAAGACGCGUAGUACCGAUGACCCACAAAUUCUCCUUCCGCAACCUGUCGCUGAGUCUUUGGAGGAGAGGAAGAAAAAAUUGUCGAGGGACAGAAGAUCAAGAGCAUUGGCUGCAGAGCCCAGGAACGGACCAGCUCAAUUCCUAUCCCCUCCGCAAAUUGGCCCUCGUACCACAUCCUCCAGAGGUAUCGCAGAAAGGAGAUCUUCGGCCUCGAGGCCAGCGCCAACCUUGACGCUGAACACCGGGCAGCAGGUUGUACAGUUCGAUGAAGACCAGGAACCAUUGUUAGGUGCCCCUCGACUGGGUCACGAAAGGCAUUUCAGUGAGAUGUUUGGCAUUCCAUCCCGGCAUGUGAGCAUCAAUAUGGAACAUCCAUCGCCAUAUCCAUCCUACACGGUUGACCUCAAUGGUGUACAGCAUAUCGACCUGCCAGAGCGAGCAGAACAUUUGGAUGUUCGCACCACUUGUCACCAUGCACCUGUGGCUCGAAAUUGGCCACCGUCUCGAAAGCGAUUCGCUGCGGUGGUGAGCUGCAUCAAUGUCGCCUGUCUAGGUUUACUUCUCGGCAUAUAUGCAGGAGAAGUCCCGGCAAUUCAGUAUGUCGUUGUCGAUUUCAAUCGUCAUGUCAUUCUUGGGAACCUCUUCCUCUAUCUUGGACUUGCCGUUCCGUCCUUGGUAUUCUGGCCCCUUCCCUUGUUGCACGGACGGAAACCUUACACCCUUGCAGCACUCACCUUGACAUUAUGUCUGCAGAUACCUCAGGGGCUCAUGAUCACGUCAUUCAGAUCCCCUGAUUUGAAGAGAUAUCGCAUUAUUCUCCUGCUUUCUCGUGGAUUGUCAGGUUUUGUUCUUGGUUUCGCUGACAUCAACAACCUCGCCACAUUGUUGGAUAUCUUCGGCGCAUCGUUAAAGAGCAGUGACUCACAUGAGAUACCUGAUCCGUACGAUGUACGCCGGCAUGGAGGUGGCAUGGGAAUCUGGCUAGCUAUCUGGUCAUGGUGCACUGUUGGCUCGAUCAGCAUUGGAUUUCUAAUUGGAGCACUCAUCAUUAGCGACACUUCCGUGGAUUGGGGGUUUUGGAUCUCGUCAUUGCUGCUGUUGGCAGUUAUUCUGCUCAAUCUCAUUGCGCCAGAAGUACGGCGAUCGGCAUUCCGGCGAACAAUCGCAGAAGUCAUUGGCGAGGGCAGAAGCUUCAGCAGGAUCGCUCGUGGCGAGAUCAAACUUCAUCUCACCGGGAACGGGCCGUACUGGUGGGGUGAAGAAGUUAUGGCCGCUCUGAGGCUAAGUUGGCGGAUGGCCAAGCAGCCAGGCUUGCUGGUACUGUCCAUUUAUGCUGCUUGGGUGUACGCACAAUUCACUCUGGUUUUAAUGUUGCUCGGAGCCUUAGCUUCCACUGAAUAUCACUAUCGUCCAGAAAAAGUUGGAUUAUGCGUUCUCUCUCUAGCAUUUGGAUCAGGUUUGGCAAUACCUUUCCAGAAAGCAUCUUGGCUGAGUCGUGCUCGGUACCACCGUCCCAGUACAGACAGCAUGACCUUCCAGAGGGCCAUGAUCUGGCGGUCGCAUACCGUUCGGCGGAUAUCCUUCACGGUUUUUCUCCCGCUUGUAGCAAUCGGAUACGCCUUGUCGUCAAGAAAGCCCCCAUUUCCAGUCGUCGUGCCAUGCGUGUUCGCCGCUUUUAUUGGAUGUGGCUCAAACUUGGCGAUUGCAGAAUGUUAUGCUCAAAUAAUGUUGACCUUCGACACAUCAGACUUGCAACCAGGCAUGACUGGGCGCCCUGUGCGGAGAUCAGUCAAAAGACGAAGAGGAGAAGAGCGCACAAAUUUCUCCUGCUAUCCACGAGUUAGUGCGGGCAUAGCCGUCACCCAGUUUCUGAAAUUCGUGUUCGGCGCGGUGGCCACGGGCAUUGGGGGUCGAGUGGAGCGAAGGUAUGGUGGUAUGCAGGCAGCCGGCAUCGUUGCAGGUGUACUCAUGAUCUUAACUCUUCUUCUCACUGUGGUACUCUUUAGACGGAAAAAUGUCCAGAUGAUCCCAGGUAUUCAGGAUCGGAGGAUGGAAAAGGCAGAGGAAGAAUGGGAACCUGUGAUUUUGGGUAACCCGGGUGGAUUGACCCGCAAGAUCAACGUCCUGGAGGCAGGUGAGUACACUCGAUGGUCGGAAAUUCGACGGCAAAAUCGGUUGACUUCUGAACAUGGGGUCACGUCGUGA